AUGGUUGUCCGAUCACUUGAAGUGAGUAAAGAUCCAUUCCGACCUCAAGAAGAGAAUGAGGAACCUCUUGGUCCUAAAGUACCUUAUCUUAGUGCAAUUGGCACACUUAUGUAUCUUGCUAAUGCUACGAGACCUGACAUAACAUUUUCUGGGACUAGUGAUAUGGGUCUGUUUAAUACUAACAAAGCUAGUGCAGAUCUUGUUGGUCAUGCAGAUGCAACUUAUUUAUCUGACCCAUAUAAAGCUCGAUCUCAAACAGGUUAUUUGUUCACAGACGGAGGUACUGCUAUAACAUGGUGA